UUGAACAGUAUGAACAAUUUUGCGUCGAGUGCACUGUCUUAUGUAUUAAAGCAGUCCAAGCUCACGGGGCGUGCACCUAUAUUCAUGGUUCGAUACGGGAGGAAGUCGGGUGGUAUUCAGCCCCUUAUUCUGGCCCCUUGUUCAUCAUGCAACGGGAAGUACGGUCCCUUAAAUGAAACGCAGCAAGAAAAGAUGACGGUUCUUGAGGGACUUCCUGGAGACUGGCGUAGCCGGAGAUCAAACUGCUCACGUCCUGGUGAGCAGUCUGAGAACCAUACUGCAGAAGAUUUGGAACGAAAACAAAAUACCAGCCGAAUGGAGCUCCUCGACCGCAAAUCACAGCCACCAGGGGGGCCGCAUGGGUCGGAGACCUCAGGGGGGCCGUCGACAUAUUCGGGUUCGAUGGACGGUUUCCCAGAUGAUGUCAGAGAACAACCCGGUGGUGGAGGUGGAGAUGGCAGCGGCGGUUCUUUUAUCAAAUGCAGUAAAUGCGGGGGUCCUUUGCGAGCGAUCGAGCCUACCAGUUCAUAUGUCUCUCGCUUCAUGAAAUGUGAUGCUUGUCAUCAGCUGUACACACUCAUUGACAAAUCAGCACUCAAAGUUUUCGGUGCCCCCGAGGAAACGCAGUCAUUCCCGCCACCACCGCCCAUUCCCAAACAGAUUCAUGCCUAUCUGGAUCGUUUCGUAGUAGGUCAAGAUCGUGCCAAACGGGUUCUUGCUGUUCAGGUCUAUGCACACUACAAUCGCAUCAACCACAAUAACCUCGUAUCAGCUUCAGAGGGAUCUUCCAUCGGACCACAGUCGGCAAAUACCACCAAUACAGGAUCUGCAACGUCUAGCCACUCGAAACAUCCUAACAACAGUCCUUAUAUCCCUGGAGUGACUUCGCCCCCAACCAGUUCAGGAGGGUCACAUUCUCCUGGAUCGGGACAGGGCUCUUCUCUAGACAAUUUUCGACUUCCUGGUGCAUCGCAAAAUUCGGCACACGUGCCUCCGGGGGCUCUUUCGGGACCGGGUACAUCUGUGACAGAAGAAUCCGUGGCCGAGACUAUCAGGCAAUGCCCAAGCGUGUGCGCGAAACCCGGAGCCGUAAUUCCAGUGGUCGGUCAGGCGCAGACUCCGGGACCACAACCUGCAGUGUCUGCCGGCAACCGAAGAUUAACUCCAUCGUCCCUAAUUCUCCACCCGGUUCCCUCAGUUGCCUCUAUGAGAAAAGGUUCGCUAGUGUUUCGCUCGAUGUGGCCCGUUGCUGUUCACCAAGUUAAUUGUGCACUGUUACUACUUUCCUUUCUUUGGGAAGGUUCCUCGUUUGUGUCUCUCCAAAUUAGUCUUUCUUUCCUUCUCCCGCCAGAACUUUUCAAUAUUCUACGAAGCGGUACCCUCGGAAAUUCCAAAAGUGGAUCGGGAUCUUCCUCAGGUUCACUUUCUUUUCCCUUCAUUUCCGACGCCUCUCACGAAGGACAGAGUGAAGCUGACAAACGUCGUCGAGGGUCUGGCAUACUCUCGGAUGACUCGGACCAGCCAGUUAAGUUGGAGAAGAGCAACAUCGUUCUACUAGGUCCAACAGGAUCAGGCAAAACCCUCCUUGCCCAAACGUUGGCUCACUGUCUUGACGUUCCAUUUGCAAUCUGUGAUUGCACCACGCUUACCCAAGCUGGCUACGUUGGUGAAGACAUCGAGUCUGUGAUAUCCAAACUUUUGCAAGAUGCCAACUUCAAUGUCGAACGGGCCCAACAAGGUAUUGUGUUUUUGGACGAAGUGGACAAAAUCAGCAGCAAAGCAGGUUUUUUGCAUUCCAUCCGGGAUGUUGGUGGAGAGGGUGUCCAACAGGGAAUGCUAAAACUCCUCGAGGGUUCGAUUGUGAACGUUCCCGAUGGGAAGGGCUCAAGGAAGCUGCGUGGAGAAACUGUCCAAGUGGACACGACGAAUAUUUUGUUCAUCGCCUCCGGAGCGUUCAAUGGUCUUGACAAAAUAGUCGGACGCCGGAAACACAAAAAGACCGUCGGAUUUGCAGAUCUUAGUUCUCUUCCCGAUCCCCAUCAACCGCGGGCGGAAGUGAAUCCAGAGCGUGAGGGUUUAGACAGCUUGUUCAACUCAUUCGAGUCCAGCGCGACGGAGGAGAAUGCCGAACGAGAUCGAUUGUUGGAAGAGGUCGAGGCCAGAGAUCUCAUCGACUUCGGAAUCAUCCCCGAAUUUGUUGGACGAUUCCCUAUCAUUACAGUCCUACACUCGUUGAACGAAGAGAUGUUGGUCCGAAUCUUGACGGAGCCUCGCAACGCGUUGCUGAAACAAUAUCAACUUCUUUUCAGCAUUGACAAGUGCGAAUUGAAAGUCACUCCAUCAGCACUCAGGGCGAUUGCAAGAGAAGCUUUGUCUCAGCGAACUGGUGCCCGUGGUCUACGAUCAAUACUGGAACGGUUACUACUUCCGGCGCGCUAUGAAGUACCUGGCUCAGACAUCGCUUCUGUCGUUAUCACCGAGGACGUUGUGUAUGGUCGUGAGCCUGCAAUAUAUGGCUACAGAUCCGCCUCGUCCGCAUCUGGGAUGUAAAGUCUCACCGUGUUGUUUGUGUGUAAGCUGUCGUGCUCUGUCCGGAAGUUCGUAACAGAUGCCCCCAUUAUUAUGGGCGAAUAUUUGGGUCCCUGUUUCUCCAUCUUCUUAUCAGGUGCAUCCAGCAUAUCGGAUGUUCUGAUGUCCAUCGCUCGCCGAGGUCAUUUCCUACAAUCUGAGCGACGUUUGCUUAUCACAAUUACAACUUCAUUAUUUUCUCACCAUGUUGGACUAGCCAAUUCGUCGUUUCUGAUUGAUUUUCUCCCAGUUUUGUCACACUGUACUAUUGCCCACGGUCGAUCGGAUUGGCCAGGGUAAGCGGUGGUCACAUAGUCAGCUCUGUUUGCGAGCGCAGAACCACAGAUUGUAUUUUUACAAAGAACUUUUGCUUUGUUAGCUUUAAUUUGCCCCAUUUACUUCCAACAAUAACACCAACCCCGAAUCCGUUUCGUCUCGUUGAAGCGACCCACAUUUUCGUCCUCUCCGCAGUUCUCCCCCCUAGUUCAGUGUACGUGGUGACGCACUUUCGGUUCACACGAUAUUUUUCGUGUAGAUAUUCUGUGUAUGGUUUUCAUUUCUCUGUCUCGCGCACAGAAACCCAUUGUACAAAUGGUUUUGGGUAGUUUUUGUGUGAACCUUUCGCGACAUACUUCAACCCCCACCACAUACACGUCGCUAGGAUCAUCACUAGUUCCAUUUUUCGGGAACGAGUUGUACACAACAACACGUAGCCCAAAGCAAACAAUAUUUCUUUUGAUUCGGUUUCUGUUUCUGGUUUGUAUUGGUCGAUGAACCUGUCAGGACGUAACCUGAACCUCAUGAUUUCCCACUGGCCUUUCAGUGCGGUUGACAAUGGCGUUU